CCAUAAAAUACACCAAUUUUUAAAAAAAUUUCUUUCAUUUUAAAAUAAAGAUUUAAUUUUUAUUUGUUUGUUUCUCAUUCCAAGUAUAUUUUAAAGUCUCUUUAAGCCUUACCCUCCAAUGGCAAGUUUGUCAGCAAGCAAGCCAUGUGUUUCCUUACUAGUGCCGCAUAAAUAGAUCUGUGUAGAUCUUGGGCUUCUUGGGUCAAGUUCCCACAAUGGGUCAUUCAUGGUUCUUGCAAAUGAGGUUGUGCAUUUUGGUAUUGGGGGUGUUCAAUGUGAGCUUGAUUUCUGGGUAUGGAACUGUUGGUGUUCAAGGUACUGUUUAUGUGGAUGGGAAAAGUAGGAUUGGGAGGACAGACAGUGAUUUCAUAUGUGCUACCUUGGAUUGGUGGCCACCUGAGAAGUGUGACUAUGGAACCUGUGCUUGGGGCCAUGCUUCUCUGCUAAAUUUGGAUCUUAGUAACAUUAUUUUUUUAAAUGCAAUAAAAGCAUUCUCACCUUUAAAAAUUCGGUUGGGUGGCACUUUGCAAGAUAAGGUUAUCUACCAAACUAAAGAUGAUCGUGUACCUUGCACUUCCUUUGUUUCAAACACAUCAGAAACAUUUUCUUUCAGUCAAGGGUGUUUGCCGUUGUCUAGAUGGGAUGAGCUAAAUGUGUUCUUUAAUAAAUCCGGAGCUGUUAUCAUUUUUGGCUUGAACGCUCUCACGGGAAGAUCUAUACAGUCCGAUGCUUCUACUGUUGGAGCCUGGGAUUCAACAAAUGCUGAAUCUCUUAUGAAAUAUACUGUCGAAAAGGGUUACACUAUCCACGGGUGGGAGUUGGGGAAUGAGUUGAGUGGGAGUGGAGUGGGUGUAAGAGUUGCAGCAGAUCAGUAUGCUUCUGACACUUCUCAUCUUCACAACAUAGUCCAAAAUAUUUAUAAGGAUGCUAGCUAUAAGCCGCUGAUCAUAGCACCUGGAGGAUUCUUCGAUGCAAAUUGGUUCACAGAAUUUGUAGAUAAAACAAAUAAUUCUUUGGAUGUGAUCACUCACCACAUAUAUAAUCUUGGCCCAGGAAGAGAUGAACACCUUAUUGAGAAAAUCCUCGAUCCAUCUUAUCUUGAUGGUGAAGCGGACACAUUUAAUCAACUGCGUAGCAUUCUCAAUAGCUCUGAAACUUCAGUUAAUGCUUGGGUUGGCGAGGCCGGAGGGGCUUAUAACAGUGGCCGCAACCAUGUCACUAAUGCCUUUGUUUUUAGCUUCUGGUAUCUUGACCAGCUUGGGAUGUCAGCCUCAUACGAUACAAAAACAUACUGCCGGCAGACACUAAUUGGAGGAAACUACGGUUUACUUAACACUACUACCUUUGUACCAAAUCCAGAUUACUACAGUGCUCUUCUUUGGCAUCGAUUAAUGGGAAGGAACGCUCUAUCAACAAGCUUCUCGGGGACAAAGAAAAUACGUGCCUACGCUCAUUGUGCAAAGCAAUCUGGAGGCAUCACCUUAUUGUUGAUCAAUCUAGACAGCAACACUACUGUGGAGGCCAAUGUUGCGUACAAUGGAAGCUUUGUGCACCAUAGAAAACAUAUAAGUCAUAUAAAUCAUCAUCACCACCGCCAUCAUAGCCAUAGCCAUAGCCAUGGAAAGAGAUCAGCACCGCGGAGUCAAAAGAGAGGUACAAUGACAAGAGAAGAGUAUCAUUUGACAGCAAAGGGUGGAGAUUUGCACAGCCAAACAAUGCUGCUAAAUGGGAAUGAAUUGAGUGUAGAUUCAUCAGGGAGCAUACCGGAGAUGAAGCCGCGAUAUUUGAAUUCAUCUGAGCCAAUAACAGUGGCUCCUUAUUCCAUUGUAUUUGCUCACAUACCUUAUGUCUUCCUGCCUGCUUGCAGAUAGUGGUAGUGAUAUGAUGGAGCCAAAACUGGUUCCCAUUUGGUGAUUCUUGAAAUAAGAAACAGAAUGCACAAUCUCAUUGGUUAUUCUUUCAUUCUUCAUAGAUGUUAUACACAAUGGGGUUUGGAUUCCACUAAUGCCAUCACGGUUCUUAUAUGGCAUUGUGAUCAAUGUUAAUCAAUCAUGUUGAGCUUUCAAGGCA